AUGGAUUCUCAAAACGCUUUCUCUCAGUCCGAAGGAUUCGUUAACCUUCUAACUAGUCAGAUACCUCCUGACAAUUACUCGCCUUGUACUGAACUUGGAUCAUCAGACUUUCCUGUGUUUAGUACACAAGGAUCUGAUGAACCUACGAUUAGUAAAGUCAGAAAGCAAUGGACUCCGAAGGAAGACCUCGUCCUCAUAAGCGCAUGGCUCAAUACGAGCAAGGAUCCUAUUGUGGGGAACGAACAACGGGCGGGUGCAUUCUGGCAGAGGAUUGAAUGUAAGCAGCGAUGGGGUCGUCUCAACGACCAGGUCUGCAAAUUCGUUGGUGCAUACGAGGCUGCACAAAAGCAGAGGACAAGCGGCCAAAACGAAAACGACGUCAUGAAGGCAGCCCAUGAGAUAUUCUUCAAUGAUUAUCUCAUCAAGUUCACCCUCGAGCAUGCAUGGAGGGAGCUCAGGCAUGACCAAAAAUGGUGCAGCAGCAGCUAUCCUGCUUCCAAGGAUGGUGAGAAGGCCAAAAGAAGAAAAGUUGAAGACUCGGCUAACUCCUCUAGCUCAGUACAUGAAAGAGUUGCCGAUGAUGUCUUCGUUGAGGCUAAGCCACCUGGUGUCAAGGCGUCCAAGGCGAAAGCAAAAAAGUCAGCCGGAGGGAAGGAGGUGAAGGACUUUGCAAGUGUGUGGCAAAUCAAACAACGAGACUUGGAACUGAAAGACAAGAUUACUGACAAAAGACUUCUUGAAAAACUGGUAGUCACGGGGAAGCACUUGGCCACUAGAUAG